UUACCCACAAUGCCUUGUAGUUCGUGCCGUGGACAGGGUGUGGUUCAUGUAACAGAAAAGCUGUUUAAAUAUCCCCUCAUCUCUCUUCUCCUGCACUCUGCCGAGGAAGUGUGGAAAGCCCUGUUUAGUUAAAGAGCAGAAAGAGAGAGAAAAUGGCUGGAAGAGGAACCAUCAAGCCUCAGAGCGGAUUCAACGCCAACGCUGAUGCUGAGAGCCUUUUCAAGGCCAUGAAAGGAUUCGGCACUGAUGAAAAAACCAUUUUGGAGCUGCUGACGGCUCGCAGUAACGCUCAGCGCCAGCAGAUCAAGACUGCCUACAAAACCCUGCAUGGCAAGGACUUGGCUGUGGAACUGAAGUCAGAGCUGGGAGGACACUUUGAGACUGUGGUUUUGGCACUAUUGGAGACUCCUACAAUGUAUGAUGUGAAGUGUCUGAAGCAAGCCAUUAAGGGUGCAGGAACAUGUGAAAAGACCUUGAUUCACAUCCUGGCUUCAAGAACCUGCAGGGAGAUUCAAGCGAUCAAUGCUGCCUACAAGCAGGAGUAUGGUAAAACCCUGGAAGAGGACGUGGUUGGUGACACCAGUGGACACUUCAAGGAGCUGUUAGUUAUUUUGCUGCAGGCGAGCAGACAGCAGGGUGUACAAGAGGCCAACGUACAGAGUGAUGCCAAGGCUCUCUUUGAAGCAGGAGAAAAGAAGUUUGGUACAGAUGAAGAACAAUUCGUCACCAUUUUGGGCAACCGCAGCGCUGAACAUCUGAGGAGAGUGUUUGCUGAGUAUAUGAAACUGUCUGGAUUCCAGAUUGAAGAGAGUAUUCAGAGAGAAACCAGUGGCCACCUGAAAGAAAUCAUGCUGGCUGUGGUAAAGUGUGCCAGAAGUGUUCCUGCCUAUUUAGCUGAGUGCCUGUAUUAUGCAAUGAAGGGCGCAGGGACUGAUGAUAAUAGUCUGAUCGAGAUCAUGGUGUCCCGCAGUGAAAUCGACAUGCUGGACAUACGAGCGGAGUUCAGAAGGAUGUUUGCCACUUCUCUGUACAAAAUGAUUAAGAGUGAUACCUCCGGUGAUUAUGAAAAAACCCUUCUUCUGUUGUGUGGCGGCGAUGAUGCGUAAAUCAGCUCCUCGACCUGCAAGCAUGAACAGCGAUUCAAUAUCCGGCAGUUACACCACUUUAAUGAAUUGCCAAAAAUAUUUAUAUUUUGUGCAUGUUACUAACGCUGUUGCUUCUGAUAAUCUGCAAUAAUGAAGGCAAUUUUCAUAUCACAAUUCUUUUCUUUUUUUCUAAUAUGCUUUUUAAAUCUUGUUUCAUUGUAGAGAAAAAAAAAAACAGGUUUCAGUAAUGGUGCUAAUAAACCAUAAGCCCAGUUAAGUGGAGAAUAUUGCAGUUUGAUGUCAUUUACUGCGAUCAUAAAUAAAAGUUACCAUACCAAUGAGAACCCAUUGUGGGUUUGGUGGAAUAAACUUCUGUAUAACCUUG